AUGGCUACUGGAAUAUCUUCAAAUCGAUGUUCGAUAUGUGAGAAGAAUGCAGCUAUGUGCAAUUGUAUCGGAUGUAAAGCAUUCUUUUGUAUGAAGCAUUUUAAUGAACAUCGUCAACAGUUAACAAUACAAUUCGAUGUUGAUGUUGUGGAAGCUCAUGAUAAACUACUCGAACAAAUCAAUCAAAUGGAAGAAUUAAAGAAUACAUCGUCUGAUCUUUUUUCUACAAUUGAUCAAUGGGAAAGUUCAACAAUUGAAAUAGUCAAAAGAACAGCUGAUAGAGCUCGUCAACAACUCACUCAAUUACUUGAUAAUGAAAAAGAAGCAUUGAGAAAACAAUUUGAUAGUUUAACACAAGAAAUUCGUCGUCGACGUGAAGAAGAUGAAUUUGCUGAAAAUGAUCUUAGACAGUUUCGAGAGAGAAUCAAUAAAUUACAACAAUCGUUGAAACAACUUGCUCAACCAAAUAACAUUGACGUCAUUGCAUCUCAAAUUGGCCAAGUCGAUUGGAAUCGUCUUAUCUACGUUGAGAAACAAAAAGAAAAAGUUUUACCACGUUCGGCUCACACUGAUAUUGAUGCAAUAUGGAUCAAUAAUGGAAUUACUGUAGCUGGAGGCAAUAAACAAGGAAAUGGAUUAAAUCAACUGAAUAGUCCACAAGGAAUAUGUGUUGAUAAUGAAGAUCAAAGUAUUUAUAUUACUGAUUGGUGUAAUCAUCGUAUUAUCAAAUGGAAAUCGAAUGAGAAAAAUGGACAAGUCGUUGCUGGUGGAAAUGGACAAGGAAAUCAAAUGAAUCAAUUAAGUAAUCCAUUGGAUAUAAUUAUCGAUAAAGAAAGUGAUAAUCUUAUUAUCUGUGAUUCUGGCAAUCAUAGAGUCAUGUUAUGGUCUUGUCGAAAUGCUUCUACUGGUAGAGUAAUCAUUUCUAAUAUCGAUUGUCGAGGUUUAGCAUUAGAUACGAAUGGAUUUCUUUACGUUUCCGAUCACAAAAAGAAUGAAGUUAGACGAUGGCGAAUAGGAGAAUCUGAAGGCAUAGUAGUUGCCGGUGGAAAUGAAAAAGGCAAUCGUCUCGAUCAACUCAAUGGUCCUCAAGGUGUAUUUGUCGAUCGAGAUCAUUCCGUAUAUGUAUCAGAUAUGAAUAAUUAUCGUGUUAUGAAAUGGAUGGAAGGUGCAAAAGAAGGCAUUGUCGUAGCUGGCGGUCAGGGAAAAGGAAAUAAUCCUACACAAUUGUCAUCACCCUAUGGAGUUAUCGUCGAUCAAUCUGACACAGUCUAUAUUGUAGACUGCGGUAAUCAUCAAAUAGUACGAUGGCCUAAUGGAGCUAUAGAAGGCAAUGUUGUCGUUGGUGGAAAUGGUUGCGGGGAUAAAACAAAUCAAUUAAAUUAUCCUGUAGGCUUUUCAUUCGAUCAAUUUGGCAAUCUUUAUGUUUCUGAUAAUGGCAACCAUCGAAUAAAAAAAUUCAAUAUUCUUUCGAGUACUUGUCAAUGA